AAACCUUUAACAAUUUAACUGCGUCAAUACAAAGAAUGGAAGGUUUUUUAUCCAUACCGAUUGUGCGCAUUUUUAUUAUUACCAUAUUUGUUACCAGGUGGUACUUUAGAAACGCAAAAAUCGGGUAAUAUUUAAAAAAAGCGCAGUUUAGAAAACAAUUUUUUUUAUCGCGCUACUUAACAAUUUUUAAUUUUAAAAAAUCUAUUAUUUCCACCUCAACUAGCUAUGACAACAAAAGUAUCUGAGGUGUAUCCCUGUCCCAAGAAGGGGUUUAAAAAAAGAAGAUCGAGUCGCAAGAACAUGUUCCUAGUUAACGUCACUCUGGAUAGAAUGGAAACAAACCAGCUGCCCCUAAUGAUUCACGUUAUCCAACGCUACUUAUUUUUAAGAGAACAAUUUCCAAAGAAAGCACUGAAGGAUCUCGUCGCUUGUCUUUUAAUGUCCAAAACUUUCCAGUAAGCUUUUAGCUUUAGAAAUCAAUAGAUAAGAACGUUAUUUCAUGUUUUAUGUCAAAUAUAGUAAAGAUAAUUUAAUAAGUUAUGUUUUUAAUUUACGGAAGUUCUGAAUAGAUUAAGAUGCAUAACAAACAAUGAAUUUUGCAAUGUCAGUUGUAUUCCGGAAUCUUAAUUCCUUCGAGAAAAACUGGCUUCAAAGUCAUCAGUGACAAAAGGAUGAUGUUUCAUGUCAAGAAGUAUGUAGAAAAGUACAUAGCAUUGAAGAAAUCCCAGAAAAAAAUUGGAAUUGGUUAUCUUGAGACAAGAAAUAAAUUUGAGAAAUCAAUGACAGGAUUAUUUCGGGCUGGAGAAGACAUUACGCUUCUUGAACGUAGUUUAAAGACUGAUAGGCUAAGACUGAAGCAGAUAAGAUUGAAGAUUUAACAUUUAUACGGGACCAGCUAAGUUGCAGAAAGAUGGUGAUUAGAGCGUUGGACGGUCGGUUUGUAGAUGUUAGUAAUAGAUCUGCAUCAAGAAAUAACAGUAAAACCUCUGGUAUAGUAAAAAAAACUUUCCAUGAUUUCUCCGGAUUUUCCUCUGAAAGUGAAAUGAUUACUGAUGACUCUAAUAAUACAUGUUCCGAAGAUGAUUUUAAGAUUGGUAACGCAUCAACGAAGAAGACAGUUAAAAGUAUGACUCUAAAAAUGCCAAAAGACAUUUUUUCAAAAACUGCCAGAACUGCUAUUGGGAUGGGAACAUCUACUAACCAGGCAACAGCACUUAUCUCUUCUUUUCUUUGCAAUGCCGGUGGAGAUAUAGAAAAUGUAACAUUAUCCCACAGCUCAACUCACAGGAUUUUUGAUACAAUAAUAAGAAAUGAUGCUGGUGUUCUUAGAGCAAACAUAACCAGUAUGGUUAAGACGAGCGGCAAACCCAUCAUUGUGCAUUUUGAUGGCAAAAUUAUCAAAGAUUAUACGGGUAGCAUAGAUGAGACAAAAGACCGAAUUUGUGUGCUUAUAAGGCAUGACAAUCAGACCCAUCUGUUAGGCGCUCCAGGGUUGGAACACGGCAGUGGUGAGGCUCAGUUCACAGCAACUCAAAAUCUAUUAGAUUCUUUUGAUCUAGGGCAGUUCAUCCACGGAGUUUGUUUUGAUACCACUGCUUCAAACACUGGCUAUUUAAAAGGAGCUUGUGCAAUAUUAGCUAAUUUUCAUGACCGACCAUUGCUCUUGUUAGCCUGCCGCCAUCAUGUAGGAGAGCUCCAUAUAAAACACUUUUGCAAUGAAGUUGCAGUAAACAAAUCUGUUGGACCAGAGAAUCAACUAUUUAAAUCUCUAAAGCAGAACUGGCAUGGUAUUGAUGCAAACAACGAGAAGAUGCUGUUGAAAUUUAAUCACCAGAAUGUUAAGGGUACCUGGCUGGAGACGCAGGCUCUAUUCGCGCUAAAAACUUGCAAGGACCUUAUAGAUAAAAACAAGUUAAGAAAUAGUCAGACUUUUGAGAAGCGCAAAGAUUAUUGUGAACUGGCAGAGCUUGUAGUUAUGUUCCUUGAAGAAGAUCAGACAGUUAGGUAUAAAAUUUACAAAACCGGAGCUAUUUCACACGCCAGGUUCAUGGCAAAGGCAUUGUACUAUAUGAAGUUCAAUUUGCUUCUCCCUAAGAUCAGACAGGUUCUUUUUCUGAGUGAUGAAAUUGUCAGAGAUCAACAGAAUGGCUGACGACAUUUCUCUUUUCUGGGCAUCGUGGUUUUUGACCUGCAAGUUUUCUGAUUCUGCAGCUUUUAAAGAUCAACGAAACUAUUGGCAGAUGUGCCAUUACACUGCGUAUGAGCCUGCCGCAGAAGUGGUAUUAAAAUCAUGGCGAAACCAUAUGUGGUAAUUGGCUCCAUCAACCGUGGUGCUGGCGCUAGCAUGUUCUAAUAAAGAUCACUACAUCGAAAUGGAAAAGAUGGCAAAAGUUCUUUAUUCAACCCAACGGAGUGGCAUUAAAAAUGUAGGAACGGUUAGAACCAAAUCUAAAAUCCUUUCGGAUAGCAGUUUGUUGUUUAAUAUAGAUCAACCACCAGGUCUUGAAUCAUAUAUUUUGCCAGAUUCCUGGUUAAUUUUUGGUAUCCUAGGUCAUACUUCUGAAAAAUGUCUAUGGAUGAAACUCCCUCAGAUUUUUUGGAUAGAAUUUCCAGGAUACAAAGAGUUUCAAAGCUUCGUAAAAUCUGUCGAAGUUGUUAACGACUCAUCAGAACGUGCAGUAAAACUUAUUCAAGAUAAUGUAGAGCGUGCGAAGAGCGAGGAAAAACUUCAGAACCUUCUCCAAAUGAAAAACUCUUGGAAAAAGCCAUUUAAAAAGACGAAGAAUGGAUACAAGGAGUCAGUUACAACGCCUGCUCCCUCGCUACUAGCUGUGAGUUAAUAAUUCAAAACCUUUCCAAUAUCUCUAAUAAUUAGAAUUACCUUACUGUAGACUCUAAACCUUGAAAAUGUAUU